AUGGCAAACCAAGUUGCUAAUGCAGCACCAGCAGCUGUAGAUCCAAUGUCUGAUCCAUUUUACCUUCAUGGUUCGGAGCAUCCAGGACUCCAGCUCGUUGCAGAGAAGCUAACACCAACAAACUACAAUGAUUGGAGCAAAGCUGUUCACAAUGCCUUGGGUGCAAAAAACAAGCUUGGCUUUGUGGAUGGCUCCAUUCCAGAUCCAGGUCAAGGAAGUCCCAAUGCCUGGGCCUGGAACAGAAACAACAUAAUGGUUCUUUCUUGGAUCCAACAGGCAGUAGAUCCUGGGAUAAGAAAGACCAUCAUGUCCUGCAAAACAGUAGUUGAAGCAUGGAGAAGUCUCAGAGACAGAUAUGGACAGGGAGACAUGGUGAGGAUUGCAGAGCUGAUCGAAUCCAUCUGCAAUCUCAAGCAAGGUAAUCAAUCUGUUACUGAGUACUAUGGGAACCUCAUAGCUCUAAGAGAUGAGCUAGAUAAUUAUCAGCCACUGGAACCCUGUGCUUGUACCACAACUAGCCACACCACCUGUAGAGCCAUGUUGCUGGUCCAAACAUACAGGGAUACUAACUAUGUGAUUCAGUUUUUGAGAGGCCUGAAUGAUAAUUUUUCUGGAGUAAGGUCACAAGUUCUAUUUGGUGAAGCUUUACCAUCAAUAGAUCGAGUUUUUCAAAGAAUGUUACAGCAUGAGAGACAACAAUAUGGAACUCAACCAGCAAAGAAUCUAGCCACUGAGGGCAUGGCUUUUGCUGCACAAGGAAACAACAAUUAUCAAGGAAGGAGGCCAAGGCCAUUCUGUACCUAA